AUGUCUUUCGUCAGAGGCCAGACUUGGGUUCAUAGAUCAGCCACUUCGUCAAUGUUCUAUUACAAGUCAGUACCUCCACACCACGAUCUUCCCGACCCCAGGUUAAUCAUCGGCACUAAGAACUCUCCAAUCUUCCGAUUUAGGAAUUCUGUGAAUCCCAAUGAGAGACUUUGGUCAUUUUUACUGUACGAAAUCUGUACCACCUCUGACCGGGUCUCAGAACUCGGAUAUCAGAAUAUCAAGUUCGGCUUCUCUAUGGUAGAAGAAGACAUAGGUACUUCGGAUUACAAAAUGUUGCCGUGUCACAGGUUUCAUUCUCUUCGGGAAAUUUGGUUUGUUAGGAAGCGGAAAGAAAACUUUACCUUUCUUGAUGAUGGGCAACUCGACUGGUACAUGUCCAACAACAGGGCCUGCCCCUCUAUGCGACACUCGUUCGUCAACCCCAGGGAUGUCUUUCAACCUAUCCCAAAACAAGGAGCAAACGUUCGUCAAGAAUACUUCGUUCCGGGGACACCAGGGUCGCUGGCGGCCUUGGCACAAGCCCAACAAGCCCAACAAGCUUAUCAAUUUCAACAAAGCUCCAAGAGUUUUGUUCAAAUAGGUCGUCUACCUGCUCAUCACGAGGUAGUACGUCCACAAGUAGGCGGAUCUGGUGUCAACAAUCUCUUUCCCCAGAGUUACACCCAGAUCCCCUACCAAGGUAUGCCACAGUCGUUCACGACGUCGGUACAAGGUCAACAGGAUUCUCAUCCUGUUCAAGGGAAUUAUCCUUCUCUUCAAUUCGGAGAAGAAUUCCUAUUCGACUUCGGUGUCGACAAUCACUUUCCUCAAAGUCACACCCAUAUUCCCCAUCAAGGUAUGCCACAGUCGUUCACGACGUCGGUACAAGGUCAACAGGAUUCUUAUUCUGUUCAAGGAAGUCAUCCUUCUCUUCAAUUCGGAGAAGAAUUCCUAUUCGACUUCGGUUUCGACAAUCACUUUCCCCAAAGUCACCCCCAAAUCCCCAGUCAAGGUUUGCCACAAUCGUUCGCGACAUCGGCCUCAGGUCAACAGGGUUUUGACUCUGUUCAAGGAGGGCUUCUACCUGCUCACCAAGAAGUAGUACCUCAUCAACAAUACGGAUACGGAUCUGACAAUCUCCUUCCCCAAAGUCACACCCACAUCCCUCAACUUUUGCCACAAACGUUCGCAACGUCGGCGCAAGGUCAACAGGGUAUCAACUCUGGUCAAGAAGGUCUUAUACCUGCUCGUCAGGAGGAGACACCUAGUACAGCCCCGAGAGGAAGAGCUGGGAAGAACACUAGUGCCUCCCCAAAGAAAGGCGGCGGCGGGGCAAAAAAGGAUCGGGCUCCCUCGAGCGUCCGUCGUCCUCAGAAGUCCCCCCGUCAAAGAUCAUUGAUCGAGGUGCCCUAUCGUAAGAAGGGCCAGUCGAGGGCGGAAUACGCCGCGUUAUUUGGUGUAACUAUACCCCAGGCCGUUCAGCUGCCCGGCGAAUCGACGGAGGAUUUCGUGAUGAGGGCCCAGAAGGAAGAGAAUAAAUGGUGGACCAAAUUUAUGGCUAACAGGAGGCAGGAAAGGUGCAGGAAGGGAAAGAAAAAUGCCAACGAGAAUAAUGAGAUUGACACUUCCCCCGAUGGUACGGUCGUCACUUCCGUUAGCUCGGGUACCUCAUCAGAAGUCACCAGGUGUGACGACUUGGACGUAGGGGAGAUUUUAGCAGCGAUAAAAUCCAACGUUUCUGCUGGAUGGGUUUCUGAAACGACAAACACUUCGGUGUGUGUGGAAACUUCGAAUCAUACCCUUGAGGAGCAAGUACCUCAGCAGACUUUCGAUUUCAAUUCGGCAGGUCCAUCGGCGGAACCUUUGCAAGCCGGGUCGGAUCGAGACGAAGAGGAGGAAGAAGAGGAAGAAGAGGAAGAAGAGGAAGAAGAGGAAGAAGAGGAAGAAGAGGAAGAAGAGGAAGAAGAGGAAGAAGAGGAAGAAGAGGAAGAAGAGGAAGAAGAGGAAGAAGAGGAAGAGGAGGAAGAGGAGGAAGAGGAGGAAGAGGAGGAAUGA